AUGAUAUCCCUGCUGAAGCUGGCCGUGCUGCUGUUUUGCGUCCACACGGGACAGGGACGUUGGCUGAACUCCUUAUUCGAGAUAAAAGGAAGAGAAGCAUCCUUUCAGACUGAGCUCUCUAGGGAGGAGAGUGCAGGUGAAGGAGUGAGGACGGAUGAGGAGGUGUCAGUGGGAGGUGCGGUGCGUUCUAGGCGCAGUGCGGAGUCGCCGUGCGGCUUAAGAUCCAUCCUGAUAAAGGUGCGUGAGCUGGGUCUGGGCUACGAUUCGGACGAGACUGUGCUCUUCAAGUACUGCAGUGGGGCGUGUCCGCGGGUCACCUCCAAUCACGACCUCACCCUUGCUAACCUGUUACUCAGUGGCGCGUUACCGGCCGAAGACCUGUGGUAUAAUGCGCCUUGCUGUCGUCCCACGCAACAUGCAGACAUAGUAUUUUUGGACAAUGCGAACAAGUGGAACAAGGUGGAGAAACUCUCGGCAGCAGCUUGCAGCUGUGUGGGUUAG